AUGCGAACCAAGUGUAGAAAUUGGCUUCUAGACACUCAGGUCUCUAGAGUGUUUUGGGAAGGUGUUGGACCGUUGGCCACAGUUCAUCCUGAACGUCCCGAUCUGUGUUACAUCCGAGCUCAGCAAUUUCGGGCUCAAACAUCUGGCGCCGUCUGGGAGUCAGUUAGCGCGGAAGGAUGUGUCUCGCUCCCUGUUACCAUUGGCGAGGGAGAUCAACAAGUAACUAAAGUUGCAGAAUUUGUCGUGAUAGAUCGGAGCUCUGUGUACAACGCCAUAAUUGGUCGACCCUUGAUUCGUGAUCUCAGAGCAGUCCCAUCUACUUACCACCAGGUCUUGAAGUAUCCCACCUCGGCAGGAAUUGCAAAAGUCCGGGGUGAGCAAAAAAUGUCCAGAGAAUGCUACGCAGCCGCGAUGAAGGGAACAACCACUUGUGCAGCGGUCACGGGCGCGGCAGAGCCGUGUGCCGACGAACCAGAUCCGAGCCGUGGUACCCCAGCUGAAGAACUAGAACUUGUCCCCCUGCUGGGGCCGGAAAAGCAGGUCAGCAUCGGCAGCAGGCUGAGGGCCGAGGUGAAAGAGGAGCUCGUCAGUUUUCUGAAAGCAAAUGCUGAUGUGUUCGCAUGGUCCCAUGACGACAUGCCGGGCAUAGACCCAAGUAUAAUGGUGCAUAGGCUUAAUGUAGAUCCUAGUUAUAGGCCUGUGAGGCAAAAGCGUCGGUCUGUCGACCCCGAGCGAAUUUUAGUUAAAAAGCCCAACGGCAAGUGGCACGUCUGUAUUGCCUUCACGAGCCUCAAUAAGGCGUGUCCGAAAGACAGUUUUCCCCUACCUCGGAUAGACCAGCUCGUCGACGCAACGGCCGGGCACGAGCUACUCUCCUUCAUGGAUGCGUACUCUAGGUACAAUCAGAUUCGGAUGCAUGUGCCCGACCAAGAGCAUACAGAUUUUGUUACCGACCAAGGGCUGUAUUGCUACAAUGUCAUGCCUUUCGGUCUGAAAAAUGCCGGGGCGACCUACCAGCGAAUGGUCAACAUGAUGUUCGUCAAGCAAAUCGGACGGAACAUGGAGGUAUAUGUAGACGACAUGUUUGUAUAA